AUGUCUUUAUCAAGCAUAAUGCAUGCGCACUAUAUCACGUGCGCGCAGACCAGGGGCCGGGGGCGGGAUCGAUCGACGAUGGGAAAAGAUAAGGACGGGACUGGGUUCUCGUAUGGAUCUGAAGGAGGCUCUAGGUUUCGCCGGCCGGGGUCUCGGUUGUGCCACGGCCUUCUUGGGAUCCUGUUUUGUGUCAUGAUGGUCGUAGGCCUCGUGGCUCUGGGGCUGUUUGCCGCCAAACACGACAAGAUCGCUGAAAAGGUCGAGGGGGGCGACGACUGCGUACUCUACACGACCAAGAAACAGCUGGAAGAGGAGAAUAAGCUGUCUGGAGGCGUCGGCUGCAGCUUCACCAUAGGGGGCUCUGGAGUUGUGGCGGGCGGUGCGGGGAUUUUCAUGCUCGGUUAUAUCAUCAAGACUAUCUACGGUGGCUCUGUGUCAUCGUGUCUGGUGUGUGUGGAGCUCCCUCUCUUGUUACUCCUUCUACUGGCCUCUCUCACUGUCUCUAUCAACACCGCCACUGGCCUGAGUCUUGCCUGCAAGGCCUUUGAAGAUGCCGCACCGAACAACUCCAUCUUCCAUGGUUCUGGCUCGAGUUGUAAGGACUACUCUGUAGAAGGCAUCAAAUUCUUUGACGACAUGAUCGCUUCGGCAAUUAUGACAUGGUGCAUCACUGGAGCCCUACUGUUGGUGGUAGUGCUGUACAUUGGAUUGAACAUGGUAUUCUGGCGGAGAUGCACCACUUCAGACGACGAGGCUGGGCAGGCUCUGCUCGACCAAUCGGAGACUGCCAGCAAGAAAGACAACUGGAGAGAGAGGAAGGAGAAGAAGGAGAAGGAAAAGAAAGAGAGAAAGACACGCUCAAAGAUCACUUCAAACUCCAGCAACAACCCUUUCCUGUAAUACUUUGACUUUUGACGGUAGUCAAUAAAUAACCUUUUGUCGCACAUACAGAGUGCGCAUGCGUAAAAAGAAGCCCCAAGUGCAGUUCGCAUAGUUGAAAUGUUCUUGUCCGGGUGAUGUUUCUCCGUUGCUAGGGAUCGACAUCUUUAUAA